ACAAGGCUUUUUGCUUUAGUCACGAAUAAAGGUAUACGAGAUAAACUACAAACAACCGGAAUAAGGAAGAUCUUAUGGGUGUGCGCAUCUGCCACUCAAACACAGGAAGUUAUAUGGUGUAUCGCAUUAAAUGAAGAUAAUUUAGGAGCAGACUCCAGAAUCAUGAAUUCAAGAAAACUAAUCAUCGCAUACGUCAUUGUCGAGAUUAUUGUCUCACUCAACACAAUGGUCGUCAAUUCGACGACAACAACAGUCACAGAAGUUUCAACUACAUCUGAAGCUAAAACGCAAUCUGCCGAUACAACUACAUCUGCCGCUACAACUACAUCUACUGUUACAUCUGCCGCUACAAUUACAUCUCCAGCUAUAACUACAACUGCCGAUACAAUUACAACUAAAGCUUCAAAUUCAACUGAAGCAGCAACUGCAGUCGAAACUUUAACUUCAACCGACGUUACACCAACAAUCGAAAAUCAACAUACAACAGAAUCCCCAUCUACAACCGAUCAUUCAUCUAUAACUGAAAAUGUAACUUCCACCGAAGCUUCAUCUACAAUCAUCUCUUCUAAUACAUCCACCGAAGCUCCAACUUCAGUAAAGGAAGUUUCCAGUUCAAUCGCAGCUACAACUACAACCACGGACGCUCCCAUCACAAGUGUAGUUCCAACAAUAACCAACGAAGCUCCGAGUUCAUCGACCGUGGCUCUUACCACAGCAGCAGAAACUUCAGUUGUUGAAACCACAACAUUUACAAAUCAUCCUAAAAUGCCGAUGAACGACAAUGCACCAUCAUCGUACAUUGCAGCUGUUGCGGUCGGAUGGAGUCUUGUAUUGAUACUGAUCAUAGUUAUCAUCGUCGUUAUGUUCCGUUCCAUGCAUACAGCGCAUAGAUAUCAACUCUCUAAAGACGAAAACAAAGAUGAAGAAAUGUUUACUGGAGAAGAAAUUACGGAGCGAGCAGUGGACAACAACGAUACGAUGUUGGAGGGAAAGAAGGACGACAAUGAUAUUACAGAGAUUCAUAACCCCGUCUAUGAUGCAACUGGAGAUGGUGCUGACGUCACGGUUUCGCCUAUGUAGGUGUAAAGCAGCAUGAACGAGCAGAAAGAGCAUGACAUACAAAUAUGUGUACUUUUGCUUCCAUUAUUCUUGAUUAUAGUUUUAGUUUAUGUAUAGUAUAUAAAACUUAUAAGUGUU